AUGCACAUCAACACACAGCAGCAGAUCAAAUGUCAUGAGUACCGGCGGAAAGAUGCGUUGCAGACACCUUCGAGGUUCAGCAUUCGCAGUUUCUCACACAAACAUGCAAACUCUUCUUUCCUGCAGGAUCUGAUACGUCGGGACAUCCUGUACUAUAAGGGGCGCAUCGACAUGGACCGCUACGAGGUGCGGGACGCUAUAGACGGGCGUGACGAUGACUUCAAUGUAAGUGUGAAAAACGCCUUCAAGUUGUGCAACAGAGACAGCGAGGAGAUCCACAUCUUCCUGGCCAAGAAGCCGGAGGAGAAGAUCCGCUGGCUCAGGGCCUUUCACGAAGAAAGGAAGAUGGUGCAGGAAGACGAGAAAAUUGGUUUCGAGAUCUCUGAGUACCAGAAGCGGCAGGCAGCUCUGACAGUGAGAAAGGUUACCAAACAGAAAGGUGUAAACAGGUGCACACCCCCCUCAUACCCGCCCCCCCAGGACCCCUCAGUGCGGGGCAGUAUGAGGUAACGGAGGACAUGGCACAAGGAGAGGUUUUUGAAUUCAGUCAAUCCAAAAGAGGCCAGGCUCCUUUCUGGCAGAAUUUUAGUAGAUUAGCUCCAUUUAAGAAAUAGAGACUUUUCUGAAGGACCAGCUAUUUUUCUUAGAAGCACUAAAAACA